AUGCAUCCUUCUAAAUGUUCAGUGGUGGAAGCAAAACGAGCUCUACCAAAAGAAGUACUGAGUUCAAGUAAUGCUUUAGUGAAACAACGAAGUUUAUUACCUAAUGCAUUUGCUUUACCAAAUGAAGUUGAUUCAGCAGCUACAGCUGCGGCUACUAUAGCUGCAGCUGCUCUUGCAUCAAGACAACAACAACAUCAACAGCAACAACACUAUCAGAAUAUAAAUCAAAAUUUACAGAACUCAGGAUCUGCAUUUGUAUCACUUGCUUAUGCAUCAUUGAUGCCAUUCAAUCAGUUUCAAUCAUUUCCAUUAACAUCUAACAAUUAUGUUGGACAACCUUUAACUACAUCAAAUCUAACAAUGGAAUCCUCAGGUAUACAUCAUCAAAAUCUUCAUCAUUCAAAUCCUAUUGAAUUCCCAUCUGCAGCUGUUCUACCAAAUGGUCAUUCUACAACAAUGACUAGAUUUCCACAACUUGGUAUUCAGUCUGAUGUAAAUCUUCAACCUUCAUGUCCUUUAAAUUUUACUUAUAAUUCACCUACAGCCUAUAUAAAUUCUACAGGGACAUUAACAUCAGUUGGUAAUUAUUUAAAUACAACCAUUCCAAAUCUUAUAAAUCUUGCACCAUCUGGAACAAUUCAAGCAUUAUUACCUAAUUUAACUUAUAAUAUUUUAACAAAUUUAAAUGAUCAACGUAAUCAACCACUUCAUACACAUCAAUCACAACAAACUAUUGGACAACAAUCAUUACAACAACAACAACAACAACAACACCACCACCAACAGCAACAACACAAUCAGUCGUUACCUUCUAUUCAAUUAGAUGUUGAAACAUUAAAACAACAGAUUCAACUACAGAAUUGGUCAAAUAAUACACCAUAUUCAUUGAUAGCAUUAAACCAAAAGGCUUUAGGACAAAUUCAUUCACCUUCUAAUUUAUUAAAUUUUAAUCCCAAUCAAAAAAUCCCUAAUAUACAACCAAAUGAUGUAACAACAACACCAAUUCAUUUAACAGAUACAUCACCAACAAUGUGGUUACUUCCAGCGAAAAUUCCACGUUCCUUCAAUUGUAUUAUACAUCAUUCAACAAAUACUCCAUUAGUCAGGUAG